AUCUUAGUGUUGCCACGUACACUCUCGCCGGUACCCUUCAUUUCACUAAUUUCUAGUGCAAAAUUUCCCUCUGUCUUCUCAGCUCCCAAACAGAUGCAAGAUAUGUCGAACCAAUCUCAAACUCAACGCUACAGCAUCGGCUACGCCUUCACUCCCAAAAAAGAGAAAAGCUUUAUCCAAACAUCUCUCCCCGCCCGCGCAACUCAACGUGGCAUCGACUUAAUCCGCAUAGAUCCAAACAAACCUUUGAUCGAACAAGGACCGUUCGAUUGUAUCAUCCACAAAAUCUACGGGGCUGAUUGGUCUCACCAACUGCAACACUUCUCUUCCCAAAACCCUAACAUUCCAAUAAUUGAUUCACCUUACUCAAUUUCAAGACUCAACAACAGAGUCUCUAUGCUCGAUGUCGUCUCUCAAUUGAGAAUCAAUUUCGAAAAGGAUAUGUCAUUUGGAUUUGGAGUUCCCAAACAGCUUGUCGUUUCCGAUACAGAAAUGUUUGCACCGGAAUUAGACUUUCCGGUAAUCGCGAAGCCAUUAGUUGCAGACGGAAGCACCAAAUCACACGAAAUUUGUCUGAUUUUCGACAAGGAAGGGCUUGAGGAAUUGAAGACGAGGCCCGUUGUAUUGCAAGAGUUUGUGAAUCAUGGCGGGGUUGUGUUCAAAGUGUAUGUUGUGGGCUCACAUGUAGUAUGUGUGAAGAGAAAAUCGUUGCCCGAUAUUUCGGCUGAGAGAAUGAAAUCUUUGAAGGGUUGUUUACCGUUUUCGCAGAUAUCGAAUAAUAAGGAAAAGGGUGAGGAUGAUUGUUGUUGUGUUGAAAUGCCGUCAGAGAAUUUUGUGGUGGAAUUGGGUAAGGGAUUGAGAGAAGCAAUGGGUUUGAAUCUUUUUAACUUUGAUUUGAUUAGGGAUGGUAGAGAUUGUAAUACGUUUCUUGUUAUUGAUAUUAAUUACUUUCCCGGGUACGAGAAAAUGCCUGAUUUCGAGUCCGUUUUGACGGAUUUUUUGUUGGAAGUUGUGAAGAAGAAGAACGUAGAGGUGGUUAAGAGUAGAAAUGAAUGAAUUGAAUGGUGGUUUCUGUUUCUGAUUGCAUUUCCUUGUUGAAUUUUGUAAUUAAAAAUAGAAUGAAAAUAAAAUCCUGAGGCCCGAGGAAUGGAGCCACCACGGGCUGAACUGGGGUUCAUCCCCAUUGACGUUGGAAAAUUUGGUUGUCCCCCUCAUAUUUUGCUUUUGUCACAAAUCCCUUGUCUUCUCUUUUCAAUGAAAGUAGCUGAUUCUUCUAUGUUCUGAUUUUUUUGCUUUAUGAUUGGAAAGAGACUAUAUCAAUAAAGAUAGCCACUGUACUUAAAAGACUGG